AUGGUACAUUUAAUUAAAUAGUCAUUCGGUCAAAUAUUAGUCAGAAAUGUGGUUAAGCAAUCAAAGUUAAUCAAAGUUGUCGUCGGCUCUGGUUUUUCAUGCUUGGUGAGUGUGCCGGCAGCAGUAGAUAAGUAAUAGAACAAGAGCCUAAAAGAAAUGUUGAAGAUAAGAGCUUUGUAGAAGAUUCUAUAGUCAUCACAAUAAGUUCAUGGAUUCCGAAAUUGAGAAAGAGGAUGAUUCUGACUUGGAGGCCCAUGGAGAUUCUAGAUCAACACUGAAGAAGAAAACAUCUGAAGUUAGCAUUUACCAUAGUGCUGAAACUCUUUCUCUUGCCUCAAAUGCAAGUAAUGCUCAUAGAUUGUAUCCACCUCUAUCUGAAAAAACUAGUGGAAAGAAAGUACCUAUGAUGACUUCGAAUAAACUCAACAGUACAAUAUAUCCUACUGUGGACACUCUAGUUCUGCGUAGCACUGGGAAAUACACAAAUAAGACUGAGUGUAUAAAGUUAGAUAGCUUAUUUUCAAGUCAAACAGAUAAAAUUGAUAGUGCUUCUAUAAUGUCUGUUGAAUCUGCAGUCUUUUUCGAUGAUAAACGUAGAAGAAUAGAUUUUGUGUUAGUUUAUUCAACAGAUCCAACAGAGUUAGCUGCUGAACAUGCUAGAUGUAGAAGUAUCUUUGAAGAAAAUUUACGUGAAGAAGGUCUUGAUUUGGAACAUGUUAAUCAGGAAGAGACUGGCUUAGUCUAUGUGAAAAUCCACUGUCCAUGGGAAGUUUUAAGCAGAUAUGGAGAAAUACUGAAAUUCAAAAUGCCAAUGAAAGAGAGCUUGUUUGAAAUACCAGAAAGACCAUCCUCCAAUGUACCUGAUUUUGAUUUUUCAAAGUACUAUUUCCGAAAUUUAUUCAGUCGCAUGUCUGGCUUAUCUCGCAGUGUUUCGGAUCUCAUGAAUCCAGAUGCAUGUGGUGUACGCUUUAAAAAUUAUCGUUUUUCCACUGUUUAUGCAAGAGAUAAAGAAUAUUUGUUUGACAUACCUCGGAAAAAAGAAGAUUUCUUUUCACCUGCUCAAAGAGCUAGGAUAGUCCAGUUUAUUUUAAAACGAAAGAGCUUUACUAAUGACCAUACUGAUAUAUUUGGUUUUGGCAUAAAGAAGUUACUAGCUGAUGGUAUUUAUACUGCUGCAUAUCCAUUGCAUGAGGGUGAUCUGAAUGAUUGUUCACCUACUAAUCCUCGCUAUUUCUUGCUGAAACACUGGGCUUCAUAUUCCUGUUUAUUUAAAACACAACCCUUGGAUGAAAUCAAGCAUUAUUUUGGUGUGAAAAUUGGACUUUACUUUGCUUGGCUCGGUUUUUACACCUAUAUGCUUAUUCCAGCAUCUAUUGUGGGUAUUUUGUGUUUUAUUUAUGGAUGUGUAACUUUGAAUUCCAAUGUUCCCAGCAAUGAAGUAUGCAAUAGUAAUUUAGUCAUGUGUCCUAAAUGUGAAAAUGAAUGCCGUUAUUGGUAUCUGAAUGAAUCCUGUAAUGCAGUUAGAGUGACAUAUUUAGUAGAUAAUGCAGCUACAGUCUUUUUUGCAAUAUUUAUGUCUCUAUGGGGAGCUGUGUUUUUAGAGAUGUGGAAAAGAUAUUCAGCUGACAUUACCCAUAGAUGGGAUUUAACAGGCUUUGAUACUUAUGAGGAACAUCCUCGGCCAGAGUACUUGGCAAGGUUAGCAAAUGAAAGAAAAAAGAAACUCAAUUAUAUAACUCGGAUGUAUGAACCAUAUGUCCCAUUUUGGAGAAAACGAUUGCCAUACACUCUGAUGUCAACUUCUAUUGUCCUCCUUUUAGUUACUGUUGCUGUAGCUGCAGUUGUUGGAGUUAUUUUGUAUCGAAUAUCUGUGAAUGCUGCACUACUUUUGAGUCAAGAUAAAACUUUGUCAACUUUUGCUACUAUCAUAACUUCUACUACAGCUGCACUGCUCAAUUUAAUUUGUAUCAUGAUAUUUAAUCAGUUUUAUACAUACACAGCCACAUGUCUCACUGAACUUGAACUCCACAGAACGCAGACAGAAUUUGAUGACAGCCUUACCUUAAAAAUGUUCCUUCUGCAAUUUGUAAAUUAUUAUUCAUCUAUCUUUUACAUAGCAUUUUUUAAAGGAAAGUUACUAGGCCAUCCUGGUGGCUAUAAUUUGUUGUUUGGUUAUCGUCAAGAAGAAUGUGGAACUGGUGGAUGUCUAAUGGAGCUAGCUAUACAGCUUGCAAUCAUUAUGGUUGGGAAACAAGCCUUGAAUAAUAUGAUGGAAAUCAUCCUCCCGUGAGUUUUAUUGAAAUUUU